AUGGCUUCGCAAGGUACCUCAAACGGUUUAGCCCCAGUAAUACUCAAUGGCCAUGCCGAUCACGACGAGAAACACGAAGAGGUCCCGCCAAGAUUAUCGAGUAGCCCUGCUCCGCUGACGGAUGAUGAGGCUGAGGAGGGUGUGGGAGAGCAGAGUGAGAGUGUCGCCACAGACGACGAGGAGGAAGAUGAGGAAGACGAUGAGGAGGAGGAAGAUGAAGACGAGGAGCCGUCGUUGAAAUACGAACGUAUAGGCGGCUCUUUACCUGACCUUCUCAAGAAGGACUCUGGUUCUGCUAUUACAGUGUGCAACAAACACCUGGCAAUGGCUACACACGCAGGGAUAAUACACAUCCUCGACCUCACAGGAAAGCGCAUAAAGUCAUACAAACCCCACCUUGCAUCCGUAGUCGACAUCUCAUUCGACGAGACAGGCGAUUUCGUCGCCACUGCGUCCAUUGACGGACAGGUCGUAGUCCAUUCUCUAUCCACACCCGAGGCAUACGCCUUUGAUAUGAAGAGGCCAAUGCGAACCGUUGCAAUGGAGCCAAACUUUGCGAGACGGAGCACACGAGCAGUGGUUUAUGGGGGUUUGGCUGGGACGCUGGUGCUGCGAGAAAAGGGGUGGCUCGGGCAUAAAGAAACGACUCUUCAUACGGGCGAAGGGCCAAUUUGGCAGGUUAGGUGGAGAUCACGGUUGAUUGCUUGGGCGAACGAUCAGGGCGUCAAGAUUUACGACACAGUAUCACAGACACGAAUAACAUACAUCGACCGACCACCUGAUAGCCCCCGCGCAGAUCUCUUCAAGUGCACACUCUACUGGCAAGACGACUCCACCCUCCUCAUCGCAUGGGCAGACCACAUCAAAGUAGCCAGAAUCCGCGCCAGACCACGGAUAAACACCACUGCGGCCACUGCGAACCUCCCCCCAUUCGUGAUUGAAAUCACAGCCGCGCUUCAAGUGGAUUGUAUGAUCUCUGGCGUUGUACCUCAUCCUACACCCAUUCCCCCUGUAUCAAUAUCACCUCUGGACGGAUUCCCGAGUUCAACGACGGCCCCACAAACACUUACGUCUUUCCUCAUAAUCGCUUACAGCCCACCAGAAACUUUCGUUGACGAAAUGACGGAAGAUCGGGCGAGGCAAGCGCGGAAAGCAGCUGAACGACCCGAGCUGCGCAUCAUCUCUCGGGCGGGGGAAGAGCUCGCCGCUGAUGCGUUGAGUAUCGCGGACUAUCAGCAUUGGGGGUGUAAUGACUAUUCACUCGCUGUUGUUGGUGGCACGGACGAGUCGACUGAGGGUCGAAGCUACGUUAUCCUUAGCCCGAAGGAUUUGGUGAUUGUGAAACCGAGGGAUAAGAUGGAUCAUGUCAAGUGGUUGGUGGAGAGGAGGAGGUAUGAGGAGGCUUUGGAAGAGGUGGAGAAGAUUGAGGCUGAGGCUGUUGGUGGUCCUGGUAAGGAAGCUCUGGAUGGGUUGAGUGUUUUGGAGAUUGGGAAGAAGUAUAUGGAGUAUCUCGUUAACGAAGGCGAUUUUCUGAAAGCUGCGAAGCUCACUCCGAAAGUGUGUGCUCAUGAUCCGAAGAUUUGGGAGGGUUGGAUAUUCGUGUUUGCGGAUAAGAGACAGUUACAGGCAAUAAUUCCGUUCGUACCGACCGAACAUCCCAGACUUGAUCAUGUAGUUUACGAGAUGAUGCUUGCGCAUUUCUUGACACAUAAUAGACAGAUGCUCCUUCAGACAAUCAAAGAGUGGCCAUGGGAGAUCUACGACAUUCCAGCUGUCAUAGUCGCUAUCCGUGCAGAGCUCGACAAAAGCGCAUCAACAUCAACAAGUAUCUCGUCUGCGCCCAGUGCAGUUGUAUUGAUGGAAUGUCUUGCUGAAUUGUACACGGCGAAUCGUCAACCAGGCAAAGCACUCCCAUUCUACCUCCGCCUCCGACGACCUAACGUCUUUGAUCUUAUCCGAGAACAUAAUCUAUUCACGGACGUGCAAGACCAAGUCUUGCUUCUUGUCGAGUUUGACCAUGAGCUUAUGGAGAAGCGGAAGAAGGAGGGGCUGCCGAAUGCUGAUCAUAGUGACGCGAUCAAGUUGCUUGUUGAUAAUAUCCAUUCGAUACCUAUCGCGAGGGUUGUUCAGCAACUUCAGAAGAGGCCUUAUUAUCUCUUUCUUUACCUUGAUGCACUUGUGGAAAAGGACCCCCAGCUUGUCUCGGGUUUUGCUGAUUUGCAGGUGCAAAUGUACGCAGAGUUUGCUACGCCACGGCUGAUUGACUUUUUGCGAGCAAGUAAUUACUAUAACCUGGAAACGGCGUACAACGAGUGCAAAGGACGAGACCUUGUCCCAGAGAUGGUCUUUCUUUUAGGUCGGAUGGGAAACAACAAGAAGGCACUGACUCUUAUCAUUGAACGACUAGGAGACGUUCAUCGGGCCAUCGACUUUGCAAAAGAGCAGAGCGACGACGAUCUAUGGGAAGAUCUACUAAUGUACUCCGAAACACGACCAGCAUUCAUCCGCGGCCUCCUCGAAAACAUCGGCGUCGAAAUCAGCCCUAUCCGGCUCAUCCGCCGCAUCAAGAACGGACUCGAGAUUCCCGGGUUGAAAGAGGCCUUGAUCAAGAUCCUGCAGGAUUUCCAUCUUCAGAUCUCUUUGCUGGAGGGAUGUCAGACGAUAAUGGAUGGGGAUAGCUUGGAUCUGUCGAGGGCGUUGCAGAGGAAACAGAGUAGUGGGUUCUUCCUCUCUGCAAAGACGCUAUGUCCGAUAUGUUCCAAAUCUCUACAAGAUACACCUCAAUCUUUAACACUCCUUUUCCUCUGCCGACACGUCGUCCAUGCAACAUGUGCGUAUGGGGGCGAUAAGAUACCGCUUCUUUCAGACCCGAUAGCAAGAGGCUUUGGGGGGUCGUCUUCGAGAGGGAUAACGGGGAGUAUAGCGUUUGAAUCUAUGAUUCGUGGUCGGCUUAGCCAGGGUUGUCCGGUGUGUCAUAAGAGUGGGGAGAGGGUUCGGGUGUGA